AUGCCUCACAUUUUCUUCGAAAGCUUCUGCGCUCACGGUGGCCUAGCUGUCGCAACCGAUGAUGAGCUCCAUACGCUACAGAUGCUCAACGCUCGUCAAAUGAAAAAGUUUUUCGACAUCAAGCUUUGGAAAACCGGCAACCUCUUCUGGCAAGGCAUGAUUGAAAGAUUUGAGGCGUCGGGCCUAAGUGACUCGCCGGUUGACAAUCCCGAUAUAUCUCCAAAGAAGAGCAUUACACUCGAAGAAGAGCGAGUUGAGCGUGAGGGCAGGCGCAUAGAUGGUUUCUUUAGACUUCGAGUCCUUCGAGGCAGACUUAUGGACGCUUUAGGACCAGAUAGAUCUGAACAAAUGGGAUUGACCCUGGAUCUACCUGCAGGGCCUUGGAAGCGUCUCCCGGACAUUCAGUUCAAGUUCAAUAAAGGCAACGAGCAUUUCAGAGCGGUUCAGAUUAAGGGCCUGCCUGUUGAGUGGCGCCUGCAUGACCCGGAUAACAACGAGCAGCUGGUGCGCAAUUUGAUGGCUAAGAGACUUAAGAAGGCUCUCGAAAAGAAUCUAGCGCCGAUCAGAAAUUACCGCUAUAUACAGAUGAACCUAGACUCUGAGUUGGAGGAUGUGGUUCUAAUUCCCAUGAAUGACCCCGAGGCUAUAGCUGCUGGAGUUGCUAUCCUGGUCGCACAUUACAACUUCAAGGGCCAACCUGACCAAGCUUACCACUUGGAGUGGCUCAGAGAUCAACUGGAUCCGCGGGACUUCGUCACACGACUGACCGCUAUAUUCAAACAACAAAUCUUUAGCGCGGUAGAUAUCUGCAGGGUUGGAAUGAAGUUUCACUAUCGUCAGAACCGUACUCUCCUGAGGGAGCAAUAUCGCGAUUAUCGAGAAUGGCUUAUGAGUCGAUCAUCCCUGGACAGUGCUGGGAACCCUAAUCUACGUCCUGGCUUGGCUAAGGGACAGGGCUCUCCCCUUCGUUUCGUUACCAGCAUCGACGAUAUCCCUGACGACACCCCGGAUGACUCCCCUGCAUGGUUUGAGCAAGAUGCGGGAUGGGGUAUGGCGGCCAACCCGGUUGAUAUGUCACAAGUUGAGUGGUAA